UUAGAUUUUGUAAAAGGGUCAUAUUAUAAAAAAUAAAACAAAACGCAAAUUCUUGCAAAUUAGCUGGUCUAAAGGCUAUAUUGUUAUGCUUAAUUUACCUUUAAAAGCAAAAGUUUAUCAUGUAAUGUGCUGUUAAGAUAUUAGUAAACAAAAUGGAGCAACAAUUCUCAUUGUCUUGGAAUAAUUUUCACGGAAACUUGAGCAAGGGUUUCGCAGGACUAUUGGGUAAUAGUGAAUUCGUAGAUGUGACGAUUGCUGUUGAUGGUCAUUUGCUGCAAGCUCACAAAGUUAUCCUGUCAAUAUGUUCACCUUACUUCAAGAAAAUGUUUCAAUUAAAUCCAUGUCAACAUCCAAUUGUUGUUUUGAGGGACGUCACACACAAAGCUAUGAGAGAUUUGUUACAAUUCAUGUAUCAUGGUGAAGUUAGUGUUAAGAGAGAAGAUCUCACUAGUUUUAUUGGAACAGCUGAAAUUUUGCAAAUCAAAGGUUUAACCAAUAAAGAGACUGAAGAAGUUUUAGAGACAGAUAAGGAACCUAAAACAAAUUUAGAUACUCAUAAUGACAAUCCAAACUCCGAAUCAUGUGCCUCAGAUAUGUAUGAUUCAUCUCCAAAUGAUACCCCAGAAACAUAUGAUAUAGAUAUAUUUAAACAAAGAAAUUUACUUGGCAAACUGCAGCAAAUCAGUGAAUUAAAAAGAAAAUCAGAAGAGCUUCUAAGAACAAACUAUUAUGGUGAUAUACUUAAUGCAGAAAAGAGACAAAAGUUAAAUGAAAUUUCUACACGAACUAUAGCUUUUGAAAAGAAUUUGAAAAAAAUUUAUGAUGAGAAUCCUGUUGACAUAACCACUUCAAUAAAUCCAAAUAUACAAAGCCCAAAUAAAAAUGUAAUUGAACGAAAUAAUACUCAAAAUGUUCCAGAUAAUUCUGUUGAGCUUAAGACUGAAUGUGAUGACAGUGAUAUCAUAGUAUCAGAUCCAGCUGUUUGCACAUCCCAUGAUACAUCCGAAGCAAAGAAACACUUGAUGAUGCCAUUAGAUUUGCAGACACCACAAGACAAUGCAUUAUCUCUAGUAGUCAAUGGAUCUGACAGCCAGCUACCAGUGCGAUAUAAAUACAUAUACAGUAGAAAAGGACACAAACAAUUAGUGCAUAUGAACUUUGUGUAUACAAAACAUUCAACGACUCAUGGAAAAACUUCAUGGAGAUGUGUCCAAUACUUCUCAUUAAAUAGAUGUCCAGCUACAGUUGAAACUAUAGAUGCCAUGAUAUAUGCAGUGAAUCAUCAACAUAACCAUGAAGAUUGUUACGAAAAACUCGUAAGAAAUAAUGUCUAUGAAAUGGAUACUGCGAAAUAGUAGUUUUGAUACUUUUGUAGUUAUUUUUUUAUUGUAUUUGUACCAUAUAUAAAAACAUUAGUAUUAAGAAAAAUAUAACAUUUUUGUUUACAUAUAAAGCAAAACAAAUAGAAUAGGAUUUUGAAUUAAUUUUUUAUUAAAAAAGUAUACAGACUAAACAUUAAAACUUUAAUCUAUUGUUUAAUAAAAUUUCAAAUGUGUAAAGUUCCUAUUUUGAUUCUAAGCUGUAUAUACUUACUAUAAGAAUAAUGUAUAGCUUCAGGAUCAUAUUUUUAACACAAAUUGGAGCUACUUAGUAAAAACAAAUUAUGCUGGUAAUAUAAUAUUUAAAAAAAACUGUUUUCCAAAGUAUUAUUUGUGAAUCCAACAUACUGUAUAACAUAUUGUAUUACGUUGUAAGUUAAUCCUCUACAAAGGUGUAUUCAUUACUAGUCCAUGCUGCUUAUCAAAUAAAUGUUUGGCCUUAGAAUUACCUUGUUUGGCCAUUUCAUAAUAUUUUUAUUAAAAUAGGUUAUAAUUCUAAUCUACCAAAUCUUCUAUUACCGUUGAUAUUAAAUUAAAGUAUGUUUUGUCCAAUAUAUAUAAAUAUCUAGUUAUU